AUGGCCAAGCUCUCUCGCGGUGCCCCCGGUGGCAAGCUCAAGAUGACCCUCGGUCUUCCCGUUGGUGCCGUCAUGAACUGCGCCGACAACUCUGGUGCCCGUAACCUUUACAUCAUCUCCGUCAAGGGUAUCGGUGCCCGCCUCAACAGACUGCCCGCCGGUGGUGUCGGUGACAUGGUCAUGGCCACCGUCAAGAAGGGAAAGCCCGAACUCCGCAAGAAGGUCCACCCCGCCGUCAUCGUUCGCCAGUCCAAGCCCUGGAAGCGUUUCGACGGUGUCUUCCUGUACUUCGAGGACAACGCCGGUGUCAUCGUCAACCCCAAGGGUGAGAUGAAGGGCUCCGCCAUUACCGGCCCCGUCGGUAAGGAGGCUGCUGAGCUCUGGCCCCGUAUUGCCAGCAACUCUGGUGUCGUCAUGUAA